AUGAAUGAUGUCUCGUGUGGACGACCGCCGAGCAAGGAAGGAAGCAAGGAAGCAAAAAUUUCCGAAGAAAUGAUGAAUUUUCUUAUCCACGGUUUAUUUAAUACAAAGUAUGGUUCAGAUGAGUUUGGUCAAGAUUCGCCGAGGUAUACAUCACCAAAAUCCGCGACCGGACUCUAUGCCGAUCCAUAUUAUUUGGAUGGCGCAAAUGGCGCAAAUGCAGCGCAAGAUCCAUGGACUGGUGCCCCAGGAACGCAAGGACCCAUUCAGUCAGGAUCCUACCCUUCUGGUCACUCUCCUUAUGGUACUUCACAUUUAUCUCAGCCUUCCUACCCUCCUCCACCCAUGCAUGGUGUUCAUGAUAUGGGUUAUAGUGCCAUAUCUCCAAAUCAUCAUACAGGAGAAGGUCCUACUCCUUUAUUGGGUGGAGCUGCGCCCAUGGCUCCAUCUCCGGCAGGACCACCAGGACUUCCUCCCAUGUCCAGUUUUAGAGGGCAUUCCCCUCACGGAAACGUACCCCAUUCACAAACUCCCGGAGAUACUUUGGGAAAAGCUUUAGCAUCGAUAUACCCAACAGAUCAAAGCGUGUCCAGUUACAGUUCAAAUCCAAGCACACCAGUUAGUUCUCCCCCACCUCACGGCCAUCACUCAUUUCCGGGACAUUCAGCCGAACACAGGGCAAUGCAUAUGAAUCCGCCUGAACAACAACGAUUGGACGAUGCAAUCGGUUUUCUUAGAGACCACAACGAGGUAAUAAAUGAAACAAGGAUGGAAGAAAGGUUAGACGAUGCCAUUAAUGUAUUAAGAAAUCACGCCGAAAGUCUGCAAGGUUUACACGCUCUAGCUCAAAGUGGAUUAUCAACGCAUUCUAGUGUUAAUGGAUUAUUAGCUCCUUAUCCACAUGUACCGUCGGGGCCCCUAGAUCACAUGACAAGUCCCGGUGGAACGGCGGGGCCAUUGCACGGAGGUCCACCGGGUUCCGUUCCCGGCCCUCUAUCUGGAUAUCCUCAAGAGGCUCAUUCAGACGUCCCAGUUAAAGUGGAAAGAAUUACCGCAGCAUCGACAGGAAAAAAAAAAAGAAAAGAACCGCCGGAUAGUAAUUUAGAAAUUAAGCCUUCUAGCUCCGAAUUGGGUGUAGUAUCAGGUCCGAGUCUUGCACCUAAUUCAACAUCUAGUACCGUUUCAAAAGGAAACAAACGUUCUAGGAGAUAUUCCGUGAGUGAUGGCGGUGGCGUAGUAGACGAAGAUGAUGCCGAUAAAUCGAUCCGCGACAAAGAACGUCGUCAAGCCAACAACGUUCGAGAAAGUGCAUUUAUCGCAAAUUAUUUUUCUCAAAUUUGUUCCCACUGUUCGAGCGCGGAGGAAGAUGAGGAUCCCGAUAUCAAAGCUCAGAGAGAAAAAGAAAGGAGGCAGGCAAAUAACGCGAGAGAAAGAAUAAGAAUUCGUGAUAUAAACGAAGCACUUAAAGAACUAGGAAGAAUGUGUAUGACCCAUUUAAAGACGGACAAACCACAGACCAAACUCGGGAUAUUGAAUAUGGCCGUAGAAGUUAUUAUGCAGCUCGAGCAACAAGUACGAGAGAGAAAUUUAAAUCCUAAAGCAGCUUGUUUGAAAAGGAGAGAAGAAGAGAAAGCGGAAGAUGGUCCCAAACUCGGAGUCGGACCCUAUCACAUGUGUUAA